AGUUACUUCAAAACCUAGGUCGGCCAUCUCCAAAGCCCAAAACGCUCUAGCCAUGACGGAGAAGCUGCCACCAGCGGCACCACCGUCGAAGCCUCUCUCCCCGCAAGACUGGGAGACCCUCAUCGACGACUUCCAGUACGGCGGUCAUCGGCGGCACAAAUGGAGCUCCCUGUACCCGAUCCCCUCCCUCCUCGACCUCGCCCUCUCGUCCAUCCACAAAAGGGACUUCCCUCUGAAGCUCCACCUCCUCCUCUUCCUCGAAGAAUUCUGCGACGCGCUUUUUAUCUCCCAGGAGCCCCAAUUCCUGGACCGCCUUCUCGACACCCUCCGUCUCAUCAUCCAAUCCCCCCUCGACGGGACUUACAUUACCUUUGCACUCAAAGACCAAAUGCUCGUCUCCACCACCUCCAUUUUCAUCACCCUCGACGUGUUUCACAGAUUUGGCAUUCACUACACCGAGAAUUUGGUGGAAUUGUUGUUGAUCAUCGUCAACCGCCCCAACCACGGCGCCGACCGCCAGACACGCGCCGUCGCCUGCGAGUGUUUGAGAGAAUUGGAGCGAUCCCACCCCUGUUUGCUCUCCGAUAUCGCCGGACACCUCUGGAGCCUCUGCCAAAACGAGCGGACCCACGCGUCGCAGAGCUACAUUCUAUUGUUCACUUGGGUGAUACACAACAUUGUGGUUAACAAGUCCAGCGUUUCGAUCCUCAACACCUCGGUUCCUUUGGUUCCCUUCAAUGUGCCGCAAUCGCUGCUCUUGGGCGGUUCUUCGAACUCCGCGAACGCGGGGUUGAACUACAAGGAGCUGAGGAGGGCGAUGGCGUUCUUGCUGGAAUCGCCGCAGGUUUUGACGCCGUGCGGAAUGGCGGAGUUCAUGGCGAUGAUUACGCCGGUGGCGGUGGCGUUGGAGCUCCAGGCCUCCAUGCUGAAGGUGCAGUUCUUCGGGUUGAUCUGUUCCUAUGAUCCGAUGCUGUGCCAUGUCGUUUUGAUGCUGUAUUUGCAGUUCUCGGAUGCCUUCGAUGGGCAAGAGGGCGAGAUUGCCCGCCGGCUUUUGUUGAUUUCGAGACAAGCGCAGCACCAUUUGGUUUUUCGGUUGCUCGCUCUUCAUUGGUUGAUGGGUUUCAAUGAACUGAUUUCCAGCAGAGAGGUUAACAAAAAGAAGGCUCUGGUCGUUGAGAUGGGGUUGAGCUUCUAUCCCAGAGUGUUUGAUCCGCUCGCAUUGAAGGCUUUGAAGCUUGACUUGCUUGCUUUCUGCGCGGUAUGUAUGGAGAGCUUGAGAUCGGAGAGUGGUUCGGACGCGGGAAAGUCUGGGGAGAAGCUGUUCGGAGAUGGUAUUGUGUCUGUGUCAGCUUUUCAGUGGUUGCCGCCGGCGAGCACGGAAACCGCUGUGGCGUUCCGCGCCUUCCGUAAGUUUUUGAUCGGUGGAUCGUCUCAUUCUGACGCCGAUCCUUCCUCCACUGGAAUUCUCAUGGAGUCCACCAUCUUCAAUACUUUACAGAAAAUGCUAGUGGACAUGAUCUUGAAGUAUCAAAGAUUGGUUCCAGAGAUUGUUGCUUUUAUUGACCGCUUGUUGGGCUGUCAAAAACACUGUUGGUUGGGAGAACGCCUGCUUCAGACGUUGGAUGAGAAUUUGCUUCCAAAAGUCUCAAUUGAUUAUAAAUUGAUUUCAUGCUUCCCAAUAUUUGAUAGAAUCGCUGCAAAUAAUACAAUACCUCCAAGUGGAUUGUUAGAGCUGCUGACCAAAUUCAUGGUUUUCCUUGUUGAGAAACAUGGCCCAGAUACAGGACUAAAAUCUUGGUCUCAGGGAAGUAGAGUUCUUGGUGUCUGUCGAACCAUGCUGAUGCACCACCAUAGCUCUAGAUUGUUCCUUAGACUAUCUCGCCUCCUUGCAUUUACUUGCCUUUAUUUUCCUGAUUUGGAGGUUCGUGACAAUGCAAGGAUCUAUCUGCGGAUGCUGAUCUGUGUACCUGGAAAGAAGCUUAGAGAUAUGCUAAACCUUGGGGAGCAACUCCUUGGCAUUUCUCCUUCUUCACAUUCCAGCUCUUUUUUUAAUAUCCAGUCUCCUCGAACUUCCUACGAUCUAAAGAAAUCUAGGAACAUCUCAUCCUAUGUUCACCUUGAGCGGAUGAUAGCAUUGCUUGUCAAACAAUCUUGGUCCCUGUCUUUACCAACUUUGGGUGUUGAUAGUAAUAACCCUGGUUACUUUGAGGACAUCAGGGAAGCUCCAGUUGAGGAAAGGGAGAUUGAUGGAAGUACUGAUAUUCAGAUCCCAGAGACUAGAAUUGAUCAACGACAGGAGCCAUUGCGUGUGAUGGAUUCGAAGAUUUCAGAGAUCUUAGGAACCUUAAGGACCCAUUUUUCUUGCAUACCUGAUUAUAGACAUUUGCCAGGGAUCAAGGUUAGAAUAUCCUGUACUUUGAGAUUUGAAUCCGAGCCUUUCAAUCGCAUAUCUGGAGUUGACUCUACUUCUAGUGGUUUGGAUAGAGUAGAUGCCCUUCCUGCUAUGUAUGCAACUGUGCUUAAUUUUUCAUCCUCCGCCCCGUACGGAUCUAUUCCAUCAUGUCACAUACCUUUUCUUCUUGGUGAACCCCCGAAAAAUAAUUACAUUUCUGGUCAAAGGGUGCCCUUAGAUAUUGUACCUGUAGAAAACGGUUUGGGAGAAGAGGAAAUUUUUAGAGCUCCUGUAACAAUUGUAUUAGAACCACGGGAACCAACACCUGGUCUGGUUGAUGUUUUCAUUGAAACAAAUUCAGAAAAUGGUCAGAUUAUUCAUGCUCAGCUUCAUAGUAUCACAAUAGGAAUAGAAGACAUGUUUCUUCAGGCUAUUGCUCCAUUUGACAUCCCCAAAGAAGCAAUACCUGGUUAUUACUCAAACUUGUUCAGUGCUCUCUGGGAGGCAUGCGGUACUUCUUCCAACAUUGGGUGGGAGACCUUUCCACUAAAAGGAGGCAAAGGGGUUGCAGCCAUUAGUGGGACACAAUCAGUCAAGCUACUUGAAGUCCCUGCAACCUCUUUGAUUCAGGCUACUGAAAGGUACCUGGCUAACUUUGUUGUGAGUGUGAUUGGUGAACCACUCGUUAAUAUUGUGAAGGAUGGGGGAAUGAUUAGAGACGUCAUCUGGAAGGAUUUGGCUUCAGAUUCUUCCCUUGAAGCUAGCACCUCCAUAACUGGUCUUGAUCAAGCCCCACUUCAUCUUACAUACUUUGCUGGUGAAGAUGAGAGGGAAAAUCUUGGUAGUACCAACAAAAGAAAUAUGGGUAGCUUUCUUAUUUUGAUAUUUCUUCCACCAAGAUUCCAUCUUCUUUUCCAAAUGGAAGUAUGUGAUGUUUCAACUUUAGUUCGAAUUCGAACCGAUCAUUGGCCGUGCUUAGCUUAUAUUGAUGAUUAUUUGGAAGCUUUAUUUUUGACCUAGGGGCAACUCUUUUCCAUAAUGAGUACUUCUGCUUCCCCAUCCCAAUGCUCUCAUUUGUUCCUGUUUUCAUUGCUGUGACAUCAUCAGCAGUUUGUUCCAACUUUCUGCUAUAUCGUUUCAUGCAGCAAGGAAUUUUUUUUUUUCUUUGCUUCCAGAUUAAACUUUUCUUGAGUACGCCUGGAAGUGAGCCCCUCUAUCGUGUAUUGUUCUUGUGUAUUCAAACUUCUAAAAGUGCAAUCUUUUUGGACAUCUUCCCCUAGGGCCAAACACUAGGCUUGUAAAUAGAAGGUAAGCUGAUACAUUUUUUGCAGUCAAUACAAGCUUUUAUCAUUUGUA